GUUUAGUUUGUAGAAUUCUUGAGUUUUCUAGCAUUUUAUAUAAACAUUUAUAAAACUACUAAAAAUAAUGUUGCUGGGGCAUCUGGAAGAUGGAAUGGUAACGCUAUCCAUACCCGAAUCCCAACAAGUAAGACAUGAAGGAGACUUCAUUCAACCAAAGAAAAUAAAUGCUGCCAGGCUCCCAGAGAAAACAGCUGAACUCUAGAAUCUGCUACGACGAUUUCUCCUAAAGGUCCCACCGAUAUGGAAGAUAUGAGACUGAAUGUUCCCUUUUUGCCCACCUGGAAAAAUAUU